AGCUAACACUUCCCUGCAGAGCCGGCUUCACUGUUGAGUUGCUUAGAAGAGCUUGGAGGAACUAGAAGUGGGAACCAGAAGAGGAGGGGCCCCCAAGGUGACCAGGAGCCCUUCUCCCAAAGAUGGAGAAAUGAGGGGAAAAAUGCAGGAAAAUAAGCAUUGGCUGUUUUUAUAAUGGCUACACAAACUGGACAAGUUUUCCAUGCUCAAGAUAAUACGUUUCUGGAAAAUCAUUGCCUGAGGAGAAAUGCUGACAGAAAUCCAAAGAAGCAAUGGAGCCAGAAGGAUGUCAGUGGACUUGAACAAAAUCCAGACAAUGGAUUACUGGUUACACACAUUAACCAGACACAGGACUUACUGAAGCUGCAGGGGAGUGAGACUCAGCCAUCAGCUUUGGAGGACUCUGAAGAUUGGCUUUCAACUCACAGUUUAAAGUCUGAGAAACUCACCUUGACUGACCUGAUAAGUCAGGGCACAACUGUCCUGAAGGAGGGCGGCAAUGUCAGGCAGAAAAUGCAUUUCUCCACCCAGAUCAUCCGCCAUUUUGAAUCAAAACUUUCUGAAACUAUUGAACUCUAUCAACAGAGAAUUCAGUGGCUCACAGAAAACAGCAAGAAGGUGUUUGGCCUCAUCAAGGGCUCCAGAGUCGGCAUCCUCAUUGAUGUGUCAGGGGCCAGCUGUGGUCCUCAGAAAGAGGAGUUCCAGAAGGACUUCCUGAGCCUCAUUGAUGAGCAGCUGAGCCACAAGGAGAAGCUGUACAUCCUCUCCUUCGGGACCACCGCCAAGGCCCUCUGGCCAGCCCCCGUGGAAGUCAGUGCCUCCACGCUCCAGGAACUCAAGAACUGGGUAAAGAAACUACAGCCCAGUGGAGGCAGCAAUUUGCUGCAAGCCCUGAAGAAAAUCUUCACCAUAAAAGGGUUGAACUCUCUGGUGACCGUAAUGGGAAGCUGCCCAGAUCAGCCCUCCGAAAUCCUGUCUCACUACAUCCAGCAGUCCACCAUGGGAAGGGACCUCCUUAUCCACACCAUCACUUACAGAUGCAACGACCAGGUGCCCCUCGCUGUCCUAAAGAACCUGGCAGACGCUGUGGGGAGCUCCUACCACUGCUACAGCCCAGAGAUGGAGAUCUAUACCAGCCAGGACAAGGAUGAGCUCCUGGAAGAAAUCCAGAAGGCCCAGAGCCUCCUCAGCCACGUCCAAGCCCUGGUCCAGGGCGAGCCCUGUCAGGAGCUGACUGGACUGAUGAAGGAGAUUUCCACAGAGACUGACAAAGGGCCACCCACAAGUCUCUUGCCUAAACCCCCAAAGCAUGAAGCACCCCUCACAAUUGAGUUCCCAAACUUGGACAAGACUUCUACAGAAUGGCUAAAGAUCAAUGGUCUGAAAGCCAAGAAGUUAAGCCUUUAUCAGGUUCUGGCACCCAAUGCAUUCUCUCCUGUGGAGGAAUUCGUGCCUAUUCUCCAGAAAACGGUAUCAUCAACCGUCCAUCAGAAGGCGAUGGUACAAUUUGAGUGGCACGACGGGACCGUGAAGAAUGUUCAUGUGGAUCUGCCCUUCCUCUCUGAGUACCAGAAACAGCUUAGCAGAGCUAUGCGGAUGUAUGAGAGGCGGAUCGAGUGGCUCUCUCUGGCCAGCAGAAGAAUCUGGGGCACCGUCUGUGAGAAAAGAGUGGUUAUACUGCUGGAUAUCUCUGUGACCAAUUCCAUGUACAUUAUUCAUAUCCAACACUCCCUGCGACUACUGCUCGAGGAGCAAUUGUCCAACAAGGACCACUUCAACGUCAUCGCGUUUGGAGACACAAUCGAAAGUUGGAGGCCUGAGAUGGUUCCCGUGAGCCACCACAAUUUACAAAGCGCCUGGCGGUGGGCCCUGAACCUGCGGUGCCGGGGCAGCAGGAACGUCCUCGGUGCCCUGCGGAAGGCUCUGGAAGUGGACUUCAAGGACAAAGACAAACACCAGUCACAGGGCAUCUACCUCUUUACUGGGGGCGUCCCCGACCAGGACAUGUCCCUGAUCAGCGCCUAUCUGGCCGAGGCCUGUGCGGGCUGCGACCUCCAGCUCCACGUGUGCCUCUUCUACGUGGGCGAGCCAGAGAUGGAUGCCACACCCCCUGCCUGCUACGCCAGCCGGGCCGACACAGCCGCCGCCUACAGGGAGGCCGCCAGGGCUGCCCGCGGCCGCUUCCACUGGUUUGGAGACACAGGCAUUUACGAGAGUGAUGACAUCAGUGCUGUGGUGUCUGAGAUCGAAAAGGCUGUCAGCUACUCCCAAAAGUGUGCCUUACUAGUGUCCUCCCUAAAGAACCAGUCGAGAAAAGAACCGGAAAGCACAGCCCCCAUGAAAGAAAAGCCAAAGACACAAAGAAGCCAGCCCAAGACACUCUGUCCUCCCAAGCCCACGGCCGCCUCAGUGGCCAGAAUGAUCAUUAAAGAGGACCCUGACAGAGAGAAGAGUCCCCCACUGAAAGCCCUGAAAUGGCGUCCGCUCAGCAGCAAAGCAAGUGUUCCACCAGCCCAGCCGGGGAAAGAAUGGACUACAGAGCAGCGGAGGAGGAAGACCAAGUCAAAAGAAGCAGAGACGUCUCUCUCACUGUUUUAUACAGAUAUAGGGAAUAACGUGGGCUCUGUGUACAAGAAAUACCCUCAGGGAAAGGGUGUAAGAAGGUCUAGCCCUUCUGUUGAGUUGCCCAGAAAGGAUACAAUUUGCUCAAGCCAAGAGUGGAUAGCCAAUUAUGGACUAAAAAAGCUGAAGAUGGAGAUCUCCCGACACCUCGGUCCCAACUGCACUCAUCAAAAGUCAGCACAGACGUCAGCAUCAGCCAAAUAUUGCAGUGUCUUCCCCAGCGUGGAGGUCAACGGAAUGCUGAGACACAUUCAUUGGACGCUCAGGGAAAUUGAGGCAUACAUCACAAGCCUGGAGAAGGUGAUGAGGCACUAUGUCCAGAGGCUGCAGUGGCUGCUGUCCGGGAGCCGCCGACUGUUUGGUGCCAUUUUGGAGAGGAAAGUGUGCAUCCUGCUGGACACGUCGGGGUCCAUGGGCCCCUACCUGCAGCAGGUGAAGUCAGAGCUGAUUCUGCUGAUUUGGGAACAGCUGCGGAAGCACUGCGAGAGUUUCAACCUGCUCAGCUUUGCCGAGGGCCUACAUCCAUGGCAGGACGCCCUGGUGGAGACCACCGAGGCAGCAUGCCACCAGGCUAUGAAGUGGGUGACCCAUCUAGAAGCCCAGGGGAGCACCUCAGUCUUACAAGCUUUACUGAAAGCUUUCAGUUUUCACGGUGUGGAAGGAUUGUACCUCCUGACCGACGGGAAGCCAGACACAAGCUGCAGCCUUGUUCUAAGCGAAGUCCAAAGGUUCGAGGAGAAAAGAGACGUGAAGGUGCACACCAUCUCCUUUAACUGCUCUGACAGGGUAGCAGUUGAAUUCCUGAGAAAACUGGCUUCGCUCACCGGGGGUCGCUAUCACUGCCCUGUUGGUGAGGACACGCUCUUCAAAAUGCGCGGCCUCCUGACCAAAGGCUUCAUUGAUGAAGGGGAUCCUGUCUUGCCACUAUGUGAAGGUGAUGAUUUAAAGAGACUGGCCCAGGAGGUAACCAAGGCCAGAAGCUUCCUGCAGCAGGCCAAGUCCUUCAGAUCCCAACUCCAGAAGAAAAACAACACGGAACCAGAGGUCGCUCUUUUUUAGAGGAACAUUGUCAGACUGUGGGCUCCCCUAGGACGAGGCUGGUGUCCCAGCCAUUUCUGGGUCCCCAGAACCUGCGUCAUGGCCGACUCGCAGUAACCAGUGAGCAUCCAGCUUAGUUUUGGGCGCCCAGCUCUGGAAACCAACCAGAUGAGGUUGCUUCUGCCUUGGUGGUCUCUUCGUUCUGCCCAUCGCCCUGGUCCCCUGGGGCCGCUGCAGAGUCACCAUCAGCCCCUCUGGAGGAAGGAGAAGCAAAUGAGCCCUCACCUCCGCUCCCCACCCCUAUCAAUCAAACCCAACUGAAGGCUGCCCUGGAGCCUCAUCCAGGGUGAAUGCAAAUGCUCUGCUAGAGCACGUGCAAAUCGGACUGGAUUCCCUACUGUGUACAUAUGAACCAAAUAUGUCAUAUAUUAUGUUGUCUGGGAUCAUUUUCUAAAACAAAAAAGAAAAAUACUUUUAUUUCAUGAACAGAAUCAGAAUGCCUUUUUUUUUAAUUCAUUUUUAUUGAGAUAUAUUCACAUACCAUGCAGUCAUACAAAGCAUACAU